AUGCCCACUAUUUCGGUCGACAAGGCCGCCCUCUUCGAGGCGCUCGGACGGGAGUAUACCACCGAGGAAUUCGAUGAGCUUUGCUUCGAGUUCGGUGUCGAACUUGACGAAGACACUACGAAUCAGGACCGCCCGAUCGUGAAUGGACAGCAAGAGCCCCCUCAACUCAAGAUCGAGAUCCCCGCCAACCGGUAUGACAUGCUGUGCUUCGAGGGCAUUGCCCUCAUGCUCAACAUCUUCUUGGGCCGCCAGCCGGUUCCGAACUACAAAUUGGUUGAGCCUGCUAGUGGACAGCUCGAGACGAUCAUCGUCAAGGAGGAUACCAUGAAGGUCCGUCCUUUGGUGUCUGGUGCCAUCCUCCGCAACGUCAAGUUCGACCAAGCGCGCUAUGAAUCCUUCAUUGCCCUGCAAGAUAAGCUCCACCAGAACCUGGCGCGUCAAAGAACUCUCGUGUCCAUCGGUACCCACGAUCUCGACACCAUCCAGGGACCUUUCACCUACGAGGCUCUACCCCCUAAGGACAUCAAGUUCACCCCUCUUAACCAAACCAAGGAGAUGAACGGUGAGGAGUUGAUGAACUUCUACGAGAAAGACAAGCACCUCGGCAAGUACCUGCACAUCAUCCGGGACCACCCCGUCUACCCCGUCAUCUACGACUCGAAGAGAACCGUCUGCUCCCUGCCCCCCAUCAUCAACGGCGAUCACUCGAAGAUCACCCUGGACACCAAGAAUGUCCUCAUCGAGAUUACCGCUCUCGAUAAGACGAAAGUGGAGAUUGUCAACCGUAUGAUGGUCACCAUGUUCUCUCAGUACUGUACUGAGCCUUUCACCAUCGAGCCUAUCAAGAUCGUCUCCGAGCACAACAACGAAACCCGAGUCGUUCCGGACAUCAGCCCCCGCAAGGCCGAGGCGGAGGUCUCCUACAUCAACCAGUGCUGCGGUCUAGAGCUCAAGCCCGAGGAGAUCUGCACGCUCCUGAAGAAGAUGGCCUACGAUGCUAAGCCCUCGACGACGAACCCCGACAUCCUCGACGUCUAUAUUCCCGCCACCCGAGCGGAUGUUCUCCACCAGGCCGAUAUCAUGGAGGAUGUGGCCAUCGCCUAUGGCUUCAACUCCCUGCCCCGCUCCUUCCCCAGCAAGUCCGGCACCAUCGCCCAGCCCCUCCCUAUCAACAAGCUCACCGACAUUGUGCGCGUGGAAGCCGCCAUGGCCGGCUGGUCCGAGGUGCUGCCGCUUAUCCUGUGUUCGCACGACGAGAACUUCGGCUGGCUCAACCGCAAGGACGAUGGCAACACGGCGGUCAAGCUGGCCAACCCCAAGACCCAGGAGUUCCAGGUUGUGCGCACCAGCCUGCUGCCCGGUCUCCUGAAGACCAUUCGCGAGAACAAGCACCACGCCGUCCCCAUCAAGAUCUUUGAGGUCAGCGACGUUGCUUUCAAGGAUCUCUCCCUGGAGCGCAAGAGCCGCAACGAGCGCCACUUCGCCGCCGCCUGGUACGGCAAGACCAGCGGUUUUGAGGUCGUCCACGGUCUGCUGGACCGUGUCAUGGCCAUGCUGAAGAGCGCCUUCAUCACUGGCGAGGAGGGACUUGAAAACUCCGCCAUGUCUGAUUCGCAGUACUGGAUCGAGGAGCUCGAUGAACCCACAUUCUUCCCUGGCCACGCCGCCUCCGUUCAUGUGCGCAUAGCCGGCAAGGAGCUCGUGAUCGGUUCCUUCGGUAUCCUCCACCCCACCGUCCUGGAGAACUACGACCUCAAGUACCCCGUCAGCACACUGGAGCUGAACAUCGAGGCUUUCCUAUGA